AUGGGCCUGCAACAGCGCCCUAGUGGCCAGGCGCGUCAUACUGGGGUUUGUGUCAAUAUGCCCUCGGAAGCCUUUGGGUGCGGUAUCUUUGUCUCUGGACCGAAGGGGUGCGCUCGGACUGGAGCACAAAUGAUACAGGCGGUCUCGGAUAUUCGGACUCGGGGAAAGUGUGUCAUCUGUGGGUGGGUUAUGGAGGACGAGGAUUCCUCGGAUGGUGAUGGGUGCAAGGUCAAGAUUGAUUAUGUUUCUGGUUGCUAG